AUGCCCAAAUAUCUUAUCAAAGGCGGCAAUGUCCUGCAAUUUGACCAUGAAAAGACAUCGUCUUUCCCCAAGUUGGACAUUCUUGUGGAAGACAACAUCAUUGCGAAGAUCGGUCCAGACUUGAGCACAGAAGGAGCUGGGACCGAGGUUAUCGAUGCUUCAGACUACAUAGUCUCCCCGGGUUUUAUUGACGGCCAUAGGCAUGUUUUCCAAGCUCAACUGAGAACCACUGUUGCGGACCAUCCCUUUCUCGACUAUUGUGCACAUCUCCUACAAGGCCGUAUGACAUUCCUCACUCCGGAUGACAUGUACCUCGCCCAGCUGUCCGGCGCGACGGAGGCUCUAUGGUGUGGCAUUACUACCGUUAUGGAUCACUCUCAUGUUGUUGUUUCCAUUUAUUGCGUCGCCCCGUUCGCCAAUCCGCAGUCACUGAACCCCAUGGUCCUACCUGACAUGGAUGAAAAACACCCGGAGCAGAUCGCACUCUUCAAGUCCCUAGCUAGCGAGAGUCCACUGGGUGGGCAAAGUAAUGAUGGCCGCGUCACCAUCGGCCUAGGUUAUGAUACCAUGAACCACCGACCUUUGGAUGAGGCUCGAGAAGUUCUCCAGUUCGCCAAAACCAACAAUAUUCCAGUGACCGUCCACGAUGUCGAGAGAUUUAAUUUGCCAUCUCUUGAGUUCCUGCGACGGAACAAUCUGCCCCUACCAAAGGUGACACUCUCGCAUACCUGUGAGCCAGAUUCCAUCCGCACAGAAUUUUUGAAGAGCAAUGAAAUCGGGGUGGUGUCCACACCGGAGACUGAACUUGCCAUGGGCCACGGACUCCCCUCGGCUUUUGAUUUACAACGGGCCGGCUGCCGCGUCGGCCUGGGGGUGGACGUACCUGCUUUCUGCAGCGGAGACAUGUUCGUCUGUAUGAGAAUUGCUUUACAGAAUCAAAGAUCGCGAGACAGUGCCUUGCACCACUCAUGGAAUAAGCUUCCGAACGCCUCCAAAGCCCGUGUUGACCAUGUCUUAUACAUGGCUACGCUAGGUGGUGCAGAGGCUAUCCACAGAGAAAAGGACCUGGGCAGCCUGGAACCCGGAAAGCUCGCCGAUAUCGUCUUGAUCCGUACUGACUCCCCCUCAAUGGUUUCGACUGUGAACCAUGGUGCCGCACUAGUGAUGCAUUGUCAUCCAACCGACGUGGAUACGGUCAUGGUUAAUGGAGAGAUUGUUAAGAGAGAUGGGAAACUACUUAAGGUAGAUUGGAAAGACUUGGCCACGAAAUUGACAGAGAACCGCAAAAUGCUGGAAGAACGCUGGAAGGGUGUGAACUGGGAGGAGACGAAGUCGGAGCUUGCCCAGCUAUGGUUUUUGCAAGAUAGUUUGGAAUAA